AUGGAUCUAAAACCAAGUGAAAUACGUUUUACUCAGAAUUCUAUCAACAAUGUUUUCGACAAAAAUUCCAGACACGACUGUCAACAUAUCGGUGAAACAUUGGAUUCUUUAUUGAUGGGACGUUGUGAAAUUUCAGACAUACCGACAAUAACUGUCAUCAACCGAAAUUCAGCCUGGUACACAGUCGAUAACAGGAGACUAUGGGUGUUCCAGAAGCUUGAAGAGCUGGGGAAAUGUACCGAAAUACCCGUAAUUAAAGGCUUUUCGAUUCCUGCUAAAAAACUCACAACAAAUAAUGAUGGGAGGUCGGUAAGAGUACGUGGCAACGAAGGAGGGUCGUACUGGAGGAUAAGGAGUCUGAGAAGUACCUUAACGCCACAUAGGGAAAGUAGAACUUUUGGGGACCAGAGCUUGCCUAACUACUAUUCCGUGGAACGAACUCCAUCGGCGUCUUCAUUUAGUGAGAGUUCCAUCUACAAUGGAGACCAGUAUUCGGAUUAUAGACCCAUAAGGAGUUUGUUUGCGCCAGUAAAUCGACCAUCCACACCAGCUUCAAGUAGCCGACCAAGUACAGCGUCUUUUCCGGCCUUUCUCCAGACAAAUACAUUUUCCGGUCGCUCAUCGGUCGAAUUGCUGGACCCAGAAAAAGUACGUUAUACCAAAGAAAAAAUCAAGGCUCCACCCCGUGGACUUGGUUACCGAUCUACUGACCCUAUUCUUGUGUACCGUGCUUUUGAGGAGAACUGGACGCUGGACGGUAACCGGCGUCUGUGGUCGUACAAGGAAGCCAGGAAAUACGACCCUUUUCUGAAGGUACGAGCUAAUGUGAAGGAUGACGAGGAUGAAUUCUUGGAGAAACUGAGGGUUGACCGACCCUGGCUAACUGUAUUGGAUAUUGUACAAAUGGGCGAAACGGUAACCAUUGAAUGAAACGAUAAGAUCAGCUGAUGUCACCACUUCCGUAUAACUGUGAAGAAGUGUGCGCUUGAAAGUUGUCUAGAUAUUUUGUGAGUCAUUACCCGUUAUCUAC